AGUUAGCAUCCACGGCUCGAGAGUUAGACCGUAGAAUUGUGCACUGAUCUCAUCAUGUGGCGUUUGACGUUCUCAACGUUCUUGGUCGGCAUGGUGAUUUCUCAGAUGGCAGAGGAGACCUGCAAGGAAGGUGAGGGCUCCGCACUGAUGCAAUUGAAGCAAGGAGACUUCCCUUGAUUGAUACGGCACGUUUUCGUGUCACCUACAACAUCCUAAAGCAGCCUAGAACCUUUGCCACAUGGAACCACAUGUCUCGGCCAGCUUUGGAGACGUCUUGCCGGAUUCCCCAGGAGAGAAGACGAAAGCGGAGACAGAGCUUCCUUGGUGGGCUUGGGUGAAGGUCUUGGAUGAUGACAAAAGGCCAGAACCGGCGAAAGUCUUUCCUUGUGAAGAUGCAGAGCCACAGUCCCUGCGGAAUGUUAGUCGGGACUUCGUUGGUGAGGAGCUUUGUCGGGUGAAGCCCAUCACUUGCUGAACGUGAAAGAUGCAUGAGCAGCGUUUUUCCCAUUUUGGCAGGCUUGGGAGAUGAGUUUCCAAACCUUAUCCACCUGAACACGCACUUCCACUUGGGCGCAGAACAUGUGAACGUGGAAGCUGGCGGCUACUCUCUUGCCGUGGAAGAGGCUAUGAGGAAGCCCGAGAAUAUCAUUCCGGAUGACAUUCGUCCUGGCUAUUUCUGCGAUCGCGUUGAAGCCGAACCUGCACCACCUGCUACUUUGGAUCCAUAUGAGUUCAAACACUGCAAGAAUGUGAAAGUGGGAUACACCUAUGAGUUCCACUGGGUCUAUUCACGUGCCGGGCCCAAGAUGGCAUCUUGACAGGUGGCUUGGGUGGUGUGCUUGCUCGAGACUUGAACCCAUCAGUGCUGGUGCGUGGACAGGCCUGUCGCAUUGUGGCCAUGUCUUGUGGCCAAUAGGGUCUUUGACAGAUAUUCUAAUGGAUGGCUGUGCAUGAGGCCCCGGGAAGUCCAUUGCGCAGUUGUCUAUAUAUGGGUCAGUUCACGAUAAUCUUUUCUUGAACUCUUUGGAAGCUAGGCUGUGGCCUCCGAAACACCAGACUUGCUUGGUGCUUUGCAAUAAGCCUCAACCUAAUUAUAUAGCUUCACUUUAAGGUCGGAUAAUGCUUAUCAUGUAGCGCCAUGUUGAGAGAUGCUCAGAGACUGGCAUGCUUCAGGUUCGAGGCCUUAGUGUGGCCGUAAUGUAGCUUUCUUGCUGGGCGGGUAUGAGCCGAACCUGCCCACAAAGGUCCACCAGUGGUCUAUUUUCCCAGAUGUUGUUUGAGUGGGUUUAGUUGGUCCCGCGACCUUCCGACAAAGCAUUGGCGCAAUGUAGCAGGAGCAGUUGAAGGACCUUUGAAAGUAGCCUAAGUGCAGAGGAAGGAAAAUGCUUCCCCAUACUACUCUGCUGAAUGAGGAGUGGCACAAGUUCGACAUGUACUGUACAGAAGCAACAUUGACCACGUGACAGCCUAUGGAUGCUUGCAAUUCUUACGAUGCUUGCAUACCAGCCGUGACGUAUACUCCCUUGAUUGCGCGUGGAUACAAUCUACUUGUUCCACCUACCGGUGCCAGCAACAGACCCCCUGGCAAGCUGUUGCGCAUACCCAAAUAUGCUCGGUUGAAACACUGUGACUGCCACUUGCAGAAAGUAUAACUCGUGACUGAGUUGUGGGUCAAAAAUCUGUUCAGCUCAGGUGAAGAUGUCCAACCCUCUCGAGAUCACCAAUCCUCGGGUCUUCUUCCUCACCAAAUUUCUGAGCUGAUGGAUCUUAUUUGUGGUCUGCGGGUGGGCUUUGCGAAAGAUCAGCCUCAGAAACACUGCUUGGGGACUCACUGAACAAGUGCAAAGCUCUAUGCCUGUUUUGGUUGUUUGUUUGCCAUCCAUCUGAAAUCACCCCAUAAGCCACACGAAACAACAAGAAUCGAAGGCGGACCUGUUUCAGGAGCUGAAACAAUCUCUUAAAGCAGGAGGUCUUCCUUGGACAAAAUUGCCGCUUUCCAAGUCUAUAUACCUAGAGAUUCCAUACAUCUGUUGGUGUGCCCCAGCCACCACAAAAAUCCACCAAUCCUCGCCUGCUUUAGCUCCCAGGGCAAACGUGCAGCACAGUCCGC